UAUCCAGUCCUUGCUGUUAUUGGUGUUCCGGCCAAUUUGAUGGCGACCAUAAUCCUAUCUCGAGAACGAUGUGGACUGUCCCGGUGCAUCACCUACUACCUGGUGGCGAUAGCGGUGGCUGAUUUCCUUGUCAUCAUCACAGCUGUCAUCCUCAACCGGAUUGCUGGUAUCUACUUUCGUGACAGUAUCUUGUCCACAAUGCCUUCUUGUGCACUCAGCACUGUGCUGGUGUAUGCUACUCGUGAUGGCUCAGUCUGGCUGACAGUGGCCUUCACUGUUGACCGUUUUGUGGCCAUCAGCUGUCAGAUCCUGAAGACCAGGUACUGCACUGAGAAAACUGCAUCGUUAGUCAUAGGAAUUGUCUGUGCCCUAAGCUGUGUCAAGAAUAUCCCUUUCUAUUUUAUCUACCAGCCACUGUACGUCUUGGAUGGGGUGCCCUGGUUCUGUGACAUUAAGUUCAGCUAUUACAAUUGGCCAGUCUGGCAGGCCUAUGAUUGGCUGGACCGCAUCUUAACCCCCUUUGUUCCUUUCCUCCUUAUUCUGUUGCUCAAUGCUCUGAUUGUAAGACACAUUCUAGUGGCUAGCAGAGCCCGCAAAAGACUCCGGGCCAGUGAGAAUCGACAAGACCCAGAGAUGGUCAAUCGCAAGAAGUCUAUUGUUCUGCUGUUUGCCAUCUCUCUCAGCUUCCUCUUACUGUGGGUGACCUAUGUCGGACAUUUCCUUUACGUGCAGAUUACAGGUGAGGCCUACUUCAGCGGCCUGGAUUUUAAUGACCCACAGUACAUCCUUCAAGAGACGACCAACAUGCUGCAACUGCUCAGCUCCUGCACUAACAUAUUUAUCUACGCAGUAACACAGACCAAGUUUCGAGAAGAACUGAAGAAUACACUGUUGCAACCUUUCAACACCAUCGUUGUUUGUUUUACAACAAUGAAAGAGCAGUAA